AUGCUCAGCCAUCCCUUGGCUCGGGUCCGACCUCCACUGACAGCGCGAGAGCGGCUUGCCAUUAUGCGGGGCCCCGACUUUUCUCCCUUUUGGAGUUUGCUCUUCCGGGCCCGGCUCGCCAGGUUCUCCAGCUUGUUAUCGUUGCGAGCAUGCCAGGCAGUCCGGCGGGUGGCACAGUGGCUAGAAAUGAACGGGACAGGGCGGAAGGGCGUAGGGGCGGUCAGUAAGAAAGGCACGGAGCCUAAGACGGAGGAACUGUGA